AUGGCACGUGGCAAAGGUCGCUCCCAACAGGCGGCGGCCGACAGUUCUUCCAUGCAGAAUGACGCCGCACCCACAGCUGUUUCUGUCACUGCUCCCGAUGCAGCUCCCCAACACGACGCCGUUACCAUGAAGGAGGCCCUCACCGCCCCCUUUAUGAUUUACGACGCGCAGGCCCGCCGCAUCGUGCCGAACCCGGCGUACAACCGCACGUUGCUGAGGGAGGUGCGUCGUCUGCAGAGCAUCACCCUCACAAAGCUGCGUGCCCCGAUGCAGGCGAAUGCGUCCUACACCCCGAAAGAGCUCCUCUACGAACUCGAGGCGGCCCUCUUCUACAUCUGCGCCUCGGCCGCUGUCACCUCGAACGCGGACGGACUGAAGUAUUUGACGAGCGACGCCGAAGCCGAUGCGGUGAUGCCGCAGCUGGAGUCCUUCCUGGCGCACCACAGCGCGCCGGCGAAAACCACCGUGGCCCUCGCCUACUGCCUCACCGAAGGCACCUCCCACGAGGUCCUCACAUCCUUUAUCUCAAUGGUGCAGCAGCGCGUGGAGGGGAGUCUCGACCCGGCCAUCGACCGCAAGCGCACCGAGGACGAGCACAAGGCGCUGCGGGCCACCAAGAACAACAUCCACGACAUCGCCCAGCUCCUGCGGGACGUGGCGACGACCUACCACAGCAUCGACACGCCGUCGCAGAUGCAGCGACGCCAGCCGCAGAGCGACCCCACCCAGGUCGAUGUCGCCCGCAGCCCCGCUGCGAACGCGGUCCCGGCGCGGAUGCUUGACGAGGCCUUCUACAAGGUGCUGCGGUGGGUGAUGGCCGUGGACACCGAUCGUCGUGCGUUGAAGGCCGCCGCAUCGAUGGCCAGUGGACACGGCGGGGGCGCUGGUGGGCAGACACAGCAGCAGCGGCAACGGUGGAAGGAGGUCUCUGCCGUUGCAGCAGCAGUGGCAUCGGCGGUGUCGGCCAGUGACGCCGCGAUCUCUGCACCGGCCGCCGUGGCUGCUGCCAGCACGCAGGGCUUUGCAAAGGUGGUGGACUACGACCCCUUCACCGGCCAGGCCACCCUCGAGCGGGCUGCGGAAGGGCAGCGGUGGGGACUGCUGCUCAACGCGAAGGGUCUACUCGUGGGGCUCGAAAAUGAACUGCGUAACUCGAGCGAGGCGGGCGAGCGUCUGUACGACGCGGUGCAGCAGCAGUCGAAGGAGGCGGGUGGGCUCGCCAUCUACGAAGUGAACCGUCGCCGCAUUCGGCCAGUGCACCUGACCGAUGAUGAGCUGACAGCGAGCCAGGCGGACAUGCUGCAGAAACUGCGGAAGAGCCUCUCGCAGCCAACGAAACUCCUCCACCUGUCGAUUGAGAAGCGGAAGCAGGCAGACCUGACCUCGCCCCACGAGGUGCUCUAUGAGGUGUCCUACCAGGGCGGCGAGAACAGCGUCGGACAGCGCUGCCUGCUCAUGCUCGAGCGCGCGUCUGCCUCCAUUCCGUGGGGCUUGAAGUUGAAGUACGCCAAAGGCACCCCGGCCGUCUUGUCCGACUUCUCCCCAAAUAUUCGCUUCUCGGCAGCGGCGAAGAACUUUUUGUUCGACACCCGCGGCCGUGUCCGUGUGCUGCGAAUGAACAGCAAGGAUCUGUCGAAGCUGACGGCAGCGGAGAUGAAGACGCUGGUGUCCGGGGCGUUGGUUCUCACCUUGAACUUGCAGGUGACGGACGCGGAUGGCGAAGUCCCGGAAGGAGCGGCGGACGCGACAGCGGCGGCGGAGGACGGAGCGGAGGAGAGGCCGCCUGAGACGAUAGCGGAGUUGGACGAGGCCGAAGAUGUAGGGGUGCAGGCAGCCGCCACGGCUGCGGACGACGAAAUACAGGUGAAGGCCGAUGAAAAGAGCACCGAAGUUGAGCCCAUGGCGGAGGAGGAGGCGCUGGAGGCGGCGGCCGCCACCACAGUGCCAUCGGCGGCGCAGGCGGAGCUCGAUGACGUUGCCGCCGCGAUCGCGGACGAGUUUCUCCUCCAGCACGACGUCGCCGACGACGCAGCGAGCCCCAACGCGACGGAGCCGGCGGCGAAGUUAUCAAAGAAAGAAAAGAAGGGCGCCGUCAACGGCGGGGAGGCUUUCGAGGAACUCGAUUGGGCAAAGCCGACGACGACGUUUGGUGCCUCAGGCGAGGAGGACCUCGACGACGGCGGCGGCGACGAGGCGGACGCAACGAGGGAGCUCGGCGACACGGAAGAGGAAGGGGAGGAGCCCGGUGCGGCGGGGGCUGACGAGCACGCCGCGGAGCGCGCACUGUUGAAAGAGCAUCAUCUACUGCAGGAGGGCGAGUCCGGCGACGAGGGCCACGCCGAGACGGGCGACGAUGCGGUGAUGGGGGAGAGUGCCGAUGCUGCGCUGGCAGAAGACGGUGUGACAGAUGAUGAAACGAAGGUGGUCGAGGAGGAGGCGGCGUUGAAGGCACUCGAGGAAGAUGCCCCGGCGAAGAAACCACGCAAGGGCAGGAAGGCGAAGGGGGAGAAGGCGGAGCCUGAGAAGAAGAAGCAAGGCGGAAAGGAAAAGAAGACGCGGGGCCGCAAGAAGAAAACCUCUACCGCGGAAAAGCCGAAGGAUGCAGCGGCGGAAGACGCCUCUGUGGAGGCAGAAGAUGCGACAGACGCGGCGGAGGUGACGGACUCAGAAGACGCUGCCCCUGGCGAGGACGGAGCCGAUGACACGGCAGCAGCGGCGGCGGUGGCACAGACGGCUGGGGAUGUCCCCCUCGUCGAUUUGCCUCCCACGGCGGCGGAGGUCGCGAUGGAGGUGGGCAAGAAGAACGCGGAGAGGAAUAAGCGAGGUGGUAAGUCGAAAGCGAAGGAGGGAGAAGAGGAGGCCGAGAACGAAGAAAGCGCAGAAACUGCCCAAGAAAUACCUGCGUCUUCACUGGACAGCAAGGCAGACGCUACUGCUAUUCCAGAGGACGACGUCUCGCCGUCGUCUACGCGUGUGUCCCUCAACGAAUUAGUCCACGCCGCCCCUCUUACCUUCGAGAACAACGUGAAGCUGGACAAGUUUGACGGUUCCACCUUGGAGUUGGAGCGGACCAGCGUGGCGAGCCCGUGGAACAUCAAGGUGGCGUUUGCAGGCGACGACAUUAUCAUGACGAAACUGCCGCCCAUCCCUGCGGCGCAGCGGCAGCAUCCGUUUUUGCGCUCUCUCGGCGCCGGCGCACAGGGCGAGGUGAAGUGGGUCGUGGAGGGACUGAAUGGCCAGGACCUCUCGAUGAUGAGCAAGACCCUCAAGACCAAGGCGCUGGAUGCCAUCAAGGGUUCUACGAAACUUACCUUUGUCUUGAAGGCGCUGCGGAAGUAG